GGAAACAGGUGUCGACAACCGUGUGCACUUUCUGUAGGACACAAUCUUGUGAUUCGGACGUAUUCUCUGGUGUUCACAAACAAAAGAGAAAAUGAGUUUCGUCGAACGUUCAGCUCUAGACGCCGUCGUUUCAUCUAUCGAGGCUGCAAGAUUUCUUAGCGGCGAUGUCGUCUAUCCUCUAGCGACCAUGUGCACUUACUCGCCCUCCUACAAUUUCACUGUCAACGGCAAAGACCUUUUGAGGAGCGUUCUUGCUUCACGAGGCGUUACCUACACUGAACCAGAGCCAAAGAGGCAAAAAGAGAAUCCAACUCCCGAGGAGCUGGAGAAACGACAGCUCAGACGAGAAAAGAACAAGGUUGCGGCGGCCAAGUGUCGCAACAAGCGAAAGGCACAGUCUGCUUACGUACACGAUCGGCAUACAGAAUUGGAAAAGACGAACACGGAAUUGCGGUAUCAACUGGACACUCUUCAUCAGGAAAUUCGUGACUUAGAGGAAAUGUUGAAGCGUCACCCUUGUAUUCUGUCCGACACCCAGCGAGCGGCACUAGAACGUGAAAUCGAAAGUGACUUUGAUGAAGGCUUCCAAGUUGAAACGAUUGCAGACAGCAGCAGCGGCAGUGCCGUAGCUACGCCAACCAGCUUCAACACGAGUAGUGGUGACGAGGAGGAGUAUGAAUAGCGUAUUGUUACUGCUUGCUGUUGCGGAGCAACGGCGAACUAAAUUUAGACUUAUCGUGGUCUGGCACCAUGUUCUAUUUAUUUAGUAUAGCUAUUUAUAGGAAACUGCGGGAACAGUUGAUUUGAAACUCCACAAAGGACAAAUCCUUGUAGGGCUUUUUGUUUCAUAAUAGUGGUUUGACUGCUGGUUCAGUUAUUUUGGCUGCUGGUUCAGUUUGUGAUAAUUAAUCAAUAUGAAUUUGUCACAUUGAAGCCUA